UUUAAUGACGGCCGGCCUUAACGGUCCCGGUGCUUCACCGCCUCCUGCUGUACCGGAGUGUGGAGCAGCGAUCGGGGGAAAGCGUAAGGCUUUAUUUGUAUCCUCGUCAAAACUAAUAGGUUCUUGAGAUUGAACAACCCCCUCCCCAUAUUGUUUGUUCAGUGUGUCUCUGUUUGUCUUCAUGUCCGAUCACCUGUUUCCUCUAAACCACAUUCACAUGGUCCCGAUGUUUCCAGAUCAGGGUUUCAUUUAAUCCUGUUAGUUUGUUAGUCAGACAUGUGUUUAGUUAGUGAGUCUUUAUUCAGACAUGUGUUUAGUUAGUGAGUCUUUAUUCAGACAUGUGUUUAGUUAGUGAGUCUUUAUUCAGACAUGUGUUUAGUUAGUGAGUCUUUAUUCAGACAUGUGUUUUAUCUUUCUCUCUGAGUCUUUUCCGUGACGACGACGACUCAGUCCUAAGGUCACCUGCUCAGACCGAGGCUGCUGCAACCUGAUAGGCCGAGGGGCCGCCAUGAUGUCAUCUGAUAGGCUGUCACCGAGCGACCAGGUGAGACAGGAACACACAGACGAGAGGAGCGGAGGAGAAGAAAGGAGACAGGAGUCACAGGAGAAGCUUUAAAGUCUCUGAGAUGGACCCGCCUGUGGUCCGUCUGGCUCACUGUCAGAAGCAGAUCUUCUGUCUCUCGGUGCCGGGGGAGUGUCCGAGCUGUGGGGAGGAUCUGAGGGGGAGCCGCCUACAGGAGGCGCCGGUCAGCCUGCCCUCACCUUUCAGCAACGCUCACAAAACCUCCUGCUGCCUCCUGGUGGCUCCUGCUCACAACAACACCAGCAGAGAGUUCGAUGGGACGUCAGAUCUACACACUGGCAUCUCAAACACUGCAGGAGUUGUAUAUAACUAUACUUGUGCAGGAGUGGUCAGAGAUCACAGUGGGUGGGAGCGCUGUGUCAGCGUUCCUCUGGUCCGGCCCGACAUGUUCCACCUGCUGAACCAGUGGGACCAGUACCUGCAGAAUCACUCUGAGGGGCCCAGCUGGGACCCCGCCUGGCACAGGUUUGACGAGGAGCACCAUAACUGCCUGUCUUUCUGCCUGAGCUUUGUGAACAGUGUUCUGGCUGCAGAGGGUCGGGUCGCUCUGAGCAGAGAGACCUUCACUCAGAACUUCAUCCUGCCCCGAGUCCAACGGGUUCAAAAGUACUGCUUCCUGUACAAACACCUGCAGACACACCAAUACUACCUGGUGGACAGACAAGAGGACAGGCAGGAGGACAGAAAGGAGGACAUAUAGGUGGAGAUAUAGGAGGACAUAUUCACGUCAUGUAGCCCCGCCCCUUUAUAAACUGAGUUUACCAGAGGUGAUCCUCAGCUGCUCUGAGGGGAUGGUUUCACAGCAUCCUCUGGGAGAGACUGCAGGAGGACAUGAGACAGUAAAUCUGAUCUGAGGACGUGUUUAAUAACGCUGUAGAGUCUGGAGGUGCAGAUGCUCUGAUGAGGAGCUACGAGAAGAACACAUUUUAAGAUUUUGGCAAAAGUCAAAAUGUUCAGAUUUUCAGAAAAACUAACAUUUGAAGAUUGUGGGAAAAAAGCUAAAAUGUUUGAUAAAGGGUUUCUCUGUCAGGUCAAGGAUGAUAACGCUGGUGACGCUGUGCGAAGUAAGAGCAGUUACACUUUAAACGGAACUACCAACACAUAAAACCGCAGUGUGGAAGAGCCCCAGAGAAACAUGAGGUGAAUAGUGUGACGAACAGGAGGACAUUUAGGAUACGUGACUGAUUUUGUAUUCACUAAUAAUAUGUUGGAUUCAUAUCACUGGGUUUAAAUAUGUAAGAGUAUUCAUGUAAAGGUUUCAUAUGUUGUGUUUACCAUGUAUAUACUGUAUAUGUAUUUCGUUGUUGAUGUAAAUGCUGCUUCAGUUUUAAACUGAGAAUAAGAAUAAAGUCAAAAUCACUUUGGAUUAAAUGGUAUUAAACAUAUGGCUUUCAUCAA